AUGUUUAAGACAAAUAGUCACAUCACUAAAACAAGUUUAAGCGGAAAAAAAUUAAGAUGGGUUAAAAAUGUUAAUAAUGAAAAGAUCAUUCCAUCUGCAACAACUCAACCAGUCAUUUAG